UUCCUGGUGCUGUCUGGGAUUCACAGAGAACUGUUUCUCAAAAGACCUCAGCAAUAGGCUGGAGCCACAGCCUUUCCUGGGCAGCGGACACCCUGGGUCACCUGCCAUCCAUGCCCCAGCACUCACGGGACAUGCCCUCGCUGCUGGGAGACCCAGAUCAUCCUGAGGGUGGAGGUCUAUCAGGUUGACACUGACAUUCCACUAAGAUUGCCAUCCGAAGGCAGGAGCUAGUGGAUAAAUCCCCCCACUCCCCACCUCCCCAUCCCCCAUCCACCCGAGCUGGGUAAAAUUCAGCUGGAGAGAUGGAAAGUGUGGGCAGAAGUUGACAUUGGGCAUUAGAGGGGACCAAAGGACAGCCUUCCUCUGCUCCUCCUGGCACUGUAUGGCCAUUAGCAGCUGGGCCCACCUUGACCCCUAGGAUUCCAGGUUCCUGGUGGAUGGCUUAGGGGUACCUAAGCUUGCUGGACUUUGGGGUGAUUGUCCCAACUCACCAGAGGCCCUCAUCCCUUAGUCUCCGUUGCCUUCCUUUGUCAGGGCUCCUCACUGGCCCAGAAAGCCUUGUGAGAUUUGAGGAGUCCAAAGGAUCAGCCUGUGUCCAUUCCAGCCCAAGGCUAUGAAGCCUCGGGGGGCUCACAGGACAGUAUCUAAGUGCUACCCUCACCUGACAUCUUGUUAUUGUCACCCAGGACCCUGGCCAAGACUUGAAUGGAUUUUCACAAGUGCCCUGGGCCUAACAGCUCACUGUGCACGGAUCUCCCAGCUUACAUUUCCAGGCCCUCUGAGGAGGCCUGAGCUUCCCCUCCCGGCCCCAGGCCAGAGCACGGGCUGGAGUCUCAGGUUAGGCAGACAAGGAUGACACCUUCUGUUAGUGUGGCCUCAGAUUCUUGUUGCCCUGUUCCUUGACAGAGUCUAGGGCUGUCAUCCUGAGCCCUGCCCUCCCUCAUACACUUCUGGUGGGUGGAAAGAAGAUGCCAAGAGCAGCGAAGCGAUCAAGCUUCACCCGUGUCCUCGCUGUAGCUAGUCCCAUGCAGGUCCCAUCCCACAGCCCUGGCAGAUGUCGUGCUAAGCCCAGGCCAGAGGAACACUGGUACCGUUGGUACCAAAUGGAGCAGAGAUGGCUCCGUUGCCAAUGCUGGCCCUUAUCUGAUCCUCCGCACCAAGGGACUCAGCUCUGAUCGCUGCUGUCCCCACAUGGACCUACUGGCUCGCUUGCCAGGCUGCGGGUUUGGGCAGAGGGAAGAGGCAGCACCAGCUCUCUGACAGCUGGGGAGAGGCGACAGCCAAGGCACACAUGGAGGUGAUAUGAUUUCAGAGGUGAGAAGGAGCUGCAGAGGGCUCUAGGGAGAGGAACGGGAACCUACAGUUUGUUCUCUGAGAACAGAGGGCCAUAUGUGUUCUUGUCAUACACUCAGCAGGCCUGGGCACGUGUGUCUGAACCCCAACAUGUCAGUCAGAGUCCGGCAGGAGACAGAGAGGGGAUGGAGCCCCCGGGAGGCUCUGCAGGCCGAGGUGGGCCGGUUGCCAGAGAGCUGGGCCCGCCUCCCGAUGAGCUGGCCCCGUUGCUUUGAGCCCAGGCCACGUCAGUUCAUUGUGGUGGGAGCACACAGUAGGGCAAGCUGCUCACCUGAUGGCCAAGAGUCAGCAGCAGUGAGAAGGGCUGGGGCCCCACAAUCACAUUCACAAAGGCACUCUCACAAUAACCUCAAGGCUACCCACCAGGCCCCACCUCUCAAAGGCUUCUCAAGAGCACACUCUGGGGACCCAGACUUACAGCCUCCAGACUCUGGCAAGUGACCGUGUUUGGUGAGGUCCUUGCUGGUGGAGACUGCAGAGUCCCAGAGUGCCCCUAGGGCAUUGCAUGAUGGGACCACACCUGUGUCCUGCUGGACUCACCCCCCUGCUGCUCUUCCAAUGUGGGGAGAGCUGGACCAGAUCUUUGGCCUGCCACUUCUGAUCUUUUUUUGUUUGUUUUUGUUUUUGUUUUUCAAGACAGGGUUUCUCUGUGUUAACAGCCCUGGCUGUCCUGGAUCUCACUUUGUAGACCAGGCUGGCCUCAAACCCACAGAGAUCCGCCUGUCUCUACCUGCCUGUGUGCUGGAAUUAAAGGUGUGCUCCACCACUGCCCGGCUCACCCACCCUUCUAUUCUUACCCCUUGGAUCUCCUGGGACUGGAGACCCAGGGGAAUGGUGACAUUGGCUCUGGCCCUCCUGAGUCAGGGCCCCAGCCUUCCACACAGUGCCUUCUGGAGGCAAAGGGCCUCGCUCUGGGGUUAGCUGCCCUCACGUGCAGCCUUGAGUGGCCCCUUCCUGCAGCGAGCACCCUGUACAUACAUAGCAGUCCUGUGUUUGGCUCGGGCUCAGGUCCUUCUCACAGAUGAGGAGAGACACUCCCCCCAGAUGGAGAAGGGAGGGGAGCAUCGGCAGGGGCAAGAACUGAGAGUGGCGAAGGACUCACCCCACCUGGCCUGUCCUAGAUCUAGCCGAUGAGGCCCGGGUUGCUCAAUGGCUAUGGAUGUUGAAGCAGCCUAGGAGGGAAGGGGAAUGAAUAUGGAUGUCCUGCUGGACUGAAAUGGGCCAGACAAUUGCAGCAGCUUCUGCAGUGGACAUUGUUGUGGGGGGCACAAGCAGAGGUGUCGACGGGACAAUGAGAACCAGGUGGUCCAAGCCCCAGGCCUGCUUGCUAGGUAAGCAGCUUGCUUCUUUGAGCCUUAGUUUCUUCAUCUGUAAAGUACAGAGUGCUGCUUCUCUGUCUCCAGUGCUCUCUCCAAGGAGGGUAUUAUCACAGGACCAGGACCACCAAAUCAACACCCCCAGGCCAUGUAGCGCCGGGCAGGAUGGCUGCUGCUGCUCUACAGAGGCUGAGCUUCUGCUGAGAUCCUGGGUCAUAAGGAAGGGUUGAAAACCUUGGGGGCACUCUGCAAAUAUCUCAACAGGUGGGGAUGACUUAGCCCUGCUCCUGGGGCACAAAGACUACCUGCUAGGCUCCUCUCCUUGCCACAACUUUCGGCCUCCCAGCGUGUCCGCGGGGCUCUCUGCUUCCCUCUGGUGGCAGAAGCGCAAAGCGCGGAACCUUCGCGCAGAAAAACCCCAAAACACGGAACACAACGCCCGGAAAGUUGGCACGGACCCGCGUACCUAAGGGGCUGGCGCUGGGGCAAAUGCCCAGCAAACAUGCUGUUAUCACCAAAUCAUAUUUUCUGGGAAACCGGGGCCCAAGGAAGUGAAUGUCCGCACAUUGGUGUUGAGAGAAUGGGGAUCCCAGAGGUCAGAGAGUCACCCGCACAGCCAGGACCCCUGUGGCCGAAGCUGGGAAGCGCCAGAUCCUCGCACUGCGGUAGUUUGGAGUUAGUUUUCCUCCCAGCGCACGUAGGGCUGGAGUGGAGCUGCAGGCUCCAAGGCGGAGGUCGCUGUGUCUGGGAGGAGCAGGGCGCGCCCGGGGGCGGGACGUGACGCACCUUGGCUGGGAGGCGCCAGCCCCGGCGCUUCGGCCAGCUGCAUAUAAGGGCGGUGUGGGGCGCUGAAAACCAGAGCUCGCUGUCUCCAAGCGCCCAGCCAAGCUCUAGCGGUCCUGAAGCCAAGCCCUUCCACCACUCCCGAGCCUCUGCCUUCUCUCGGCCCCGCAUCUGCCCCCGGGGUCUCUCUGCCCAAUGAAACUGGCCGCGAUGAUCAAGAAGAUGUGCCCGAGCGACUCUGAGCUGAGUAUCCCUGCCAAGAACUGCUACCGGAUGGUCAUCCUCGGCUCAUCCAAGGUAGGCAAGACCGCCAUCGUAUCGCGCUUCCUCACGGGCCGCUUCGAGGACGCCUACACCCCUACCAUCGAGGACUUCCACCGAAAGUUUUACUCGAUCCGCGGCGAGGUCUACCAGUUGGACAUACUGGACACGUCCGGCAAUCAUCCAUUCCCUGCCAUGCGGCGCCUCUCCAUCCUAACAGGAGACGUUUUCAUUCUGGUGUUCAGCUUGGACAACCGCGACUCAUUCGAGGAGGUGCAAAGGCUCAAACAGCAGAUUUUGGACACCAAGGCAUGUCUCAAGAACAAAACCAACGAAAAUGUGGACGUGCCCCUGGUCAUUUGCGGUAACAAAGGGGACCGGGACUUCUACCGCGAAGUGGAGCAGCGGGAGAUUGAGCAGCUGGUGGGCGACGACCCUCAGCGUUGUGCCUACUUCGAGAUCUCGGCCAAGAAGAACAGCAGCCUGGACCAGAUGUUCCGUGCGCUCUUUGCCAUGGCCAAGCUGCCGAGUGAGAUGAGCCCUGACUUGCACCGCAAGGUGUCCGUGCAGUACUGCGACGUGCUGCACAAAAAGGCUCUGAGGAACAAGAAGCUUCUGCGUGCAGGCAGCGGCGGCGGCGGCGAUCCCGGGGACGCCUUUGGAAUCUUGGCGCCCUUUGCGCGCAGACCUAGCGUGCACAGCGACCUCAUGUACAUUCGUGAAAAGACCAAUGUCGGCAGCCAGGCCAAGGACAAGGAGCGCUGUGUCAUCAGUUAGGUGCCCCCAGCAUCGGCCACACAACCUGAGGACCUUUUUUGUUCAAAAGUCAAAUCAGAUUCCCGGGCUAGCCCGCGCGCUCCGUGCCGUGAGGGGUGCCAACUGGCCUUCUCCCUCGCUUCCUGCGACCUAGCCCUGCGUACCGGGAGACGCUGCCAGACCAAUAAGGGACAGUCAUCUGUUGGGAAAGGAAAGAGAACUGGCUAAGACUGGACUCUCUAGCCACUGAUACCCCCCGCUGGUGCCUGCCCUCACUUGUGGGAUGCCAGGACCCAGCAGAGGUACUUGGCUUUUUUCUCAGACUUGAGAAUGAGAGUGUGUGAAGUUCAUCAGCCUGUGAGACUUCAAGUAUCGGUCCUGCCUGCUGAAGGGCCAGGACCAACAAGGCAUUAUCCUGUCUGUGAUUGGUGUUGCCAUGACAGCUGUCAGCCACUUCAGCCCUCCGCGACUGGAAACUUGGGCGCGAGGUGGGGGUUCAAUCAUAGGCAAGAGACUUGUUUACAUGUGUGUGUGUGGAAUUGCUCAAAGAAAAAACACAAAACUUGCACUUUAAUUAAGUUCCAGUGUCAACAUGACAUGAACAAAAUCUCUACAUUUCUAUUGUGUGAGGUCUUUAUUAUUUUUUUAUUUAAAAUAAAAAUAAUUUUAAAAAUUAAAAA